GGCAACCGCACUUGGUCCUCUACCACCAUCUCUUCCGCUCGCCGCUCAGGUCUUUUCACCCAACCCAUCUCAAGCUCCUUUUAUCCUCAUCUACAAUGGCCCUCCGUCGCAUUAACAAGGAACUCGUCGACCUUGGCCGCGACCCGCCCUCCUCUUGCAGCGCUGGCCCGACCGGUGACAACAUGUUCCAGUGGCAAGCCACGAUCAUGGGUCCGGGUGACUCGCCUUACGCCGGCGGCGUGUUCUUCCUCUCCAUCACCUUCCCCACGGACUACCCCUUCAAGCCGCCCAAGGUCAGCUUCACGACCAAGAUCUACCACCCGAACAUCAACGCGAACGGGUCGAUCUGCCUGGACAUCUUGAGGGACCAAUGGUCGCCAGCAUUAACCAUAUCGAAGGUCUUGUUGUCGAUCUGCUCCAUGUUGACCGACCCCAAUCCCGAUGACCCCCUCGUACCCGACAUCGCGCAUCUGUACAAGACGGAUCGCGCGCGGUACGAGGCGACCGCUCGGGAAUGGACGAGGAAGUAUGCCAUGUAGACUGAGCACGGGAGACGUUGGCUAGUUCACGGUUUCCCGCGAUGUACUCUAUAACCGUCCUUUUCUUCCUCUUUCAUGUAUCGCUGUUCUAUCAUUCAUGGCAAAUUCUGACGACAAUCCAUACGACCCGAUAUCAUAGAAAUGGCUGGAGAACAUCGGCGUGGUGAAGUACGACUCCAUGGGUUUUCUUCGAGCAACGACAUACCAAACUGUG